CUCUGAGCCCCCCGCCAGCCCCAGGGGCCUCGGGGGCUGCUGUCUGAUCUGCUCCCUCCCCACCUCUUGUGGGGGCUGGGGAAGGUCUAGAGCCAAUUGCUCUAGAACGUGUCUUUACACAGCUCCCGCCCCCCAGCAGGCGGGCUGACCCCUAGGGAGCGCUGUGCAGGGCCUAGGACAUGGAGCGAGGGCCUGUCCCUGCCCCCCGAGUUUGGUUUAGAUUGAUCUAGAGCACAGACUAGUCCGGGCCCUGUCCAUCUGGAGACUGCGCAUGGUAAGAGCGUUUCUGCCCUGACUGUCUAUCCUGCCCCUGCUUUCUCCAUCCAUGGACCUCAGAGUGAAAACUACCGAUGUAGAGCAAACCUGAUCCCUGCCUUUGCCUUCCCAGAGAGACAAGACACUAGCGGGGCGAGACUGUCGACGUGGUUCUGGGUGAGCCGAUCCGGUCACCGGAAAGCCGUAGAGCUGGGGCUGCGAGCUCUCGCGAGAGUUACUCGCCAAUCUCCAGGGUGACGGUACACACACUGGGCCAGGCGAAGAUGGCGUCCGGGCGGCGGGCAGCGCUCUGAAAGGCCGGGACAUGGCGGAGGCCCUGCAGACCAAAAUAGUCGAAAACCAGCCCUAUGAUGAGAGUCUAGAGAUUAACGACUCAGAAGAGGUUGCCAGUAUCUACACACCAACUCCACGGCAGCUAGGUCCUAGGUCCACACGCCCACAGCUCAAAAAUAUGGCUGAUAACAGCAGUGAUGAGUAUGAUGAAGAAAUAAACAAGGAGAAGAAGGUAGCCCAGUUGGCCCCCCAGCAAGGAUUUAGUGAGAAUGAGGAUGGGGAGGAUGAAGAUGAUUCGUCUGAAACUGACUCGGAUGAUGACGAUGAUGAAGAGGAGCAUGGAGCCCCUCUGGAGGGUGCCUACAACCCUGCAGAUUACGAGUAUCUACCAGUGUCUGCAGAUAUUAAAGAGCUCUUCCAGUAUAUAAGGAGGUACACUCCACAAAUGAUAGAGCUUGAACACAAACUGCAGCCUUUCAUUCCAGACUUCAUUCCAGCUGUUGGGGACAUCGAUGCCUUCUUAAAGGUUCCACGUCCCGAUGGGAAGCCAGAUAACCUUGGCCUGUUGGUACUGGAUGAGCCAUCCACAAAACAGUCAGAUUCCACAGUGCUCUCUCUCUGGUUAACGGAAAACUCCAAACAGCACAACGUUGCACAGCAAAUAAAAGUGAAGAGCUUGGAGAAUGCAGAGAAGAAUCCCAAAGCCAUUGAUAACUGGAUCGAGAGCAUCAGCGAGUUACAUCGCUUCAAACCUCCUGCUACUGUUCACUACACCAGGCCAAUGCCUGAUAUCGAGACUCUGAUGCAGGAAUGGUCCCCAGAAUUUGAGGAGCUUUUGGGAAAGGUAAGCCUUCCAACUGCGGACAUCAACUGUGGCCUGGCUGAGUAUAUUGACAUGAUAUGUGCUAUUCUGGACAUUCCUGUCUAUAAGAGUCGGGUCCAGUCCCUGCACGUCCUCUUCUCGCUGUAUUCAGAGUUCAAGAACUCACAGCAUUUCAAAGCCCUGGCUGAAGGGAGAAAGGUAGGGAGUCCUCCAUCGAAUCCACUCUCACAAGCAGGAGAGACAGAAGUGUUAAGCUUCAGCUAAGAAAAAGACCCUUUCUUCAUGAGCUGGGGCCUGCAUCUAGGAGUAGAGCCUUCGCCUAAGCCAAUCAGCAGAGCAAGGCAAAGCAUUACUGAAACCUCUAUCUUUUCUGUAUGUACUGGCAGAUGGACAGCGUACGACUCAGAUGAAUUAGUAGAGGUUAGAAUUUAGCUCGUGGUGUUUAAUUGUAAAUGCUGCAUGACCCUUUUUCUUUGGCUCAUUCCCAGAGGAUUCAGCAUUAAACAAGUGCUUGCGAGUGGGAGUACCUCAGCAAGGGUAACAAUGUCUUUGGUACCUGAAAUCAGCUUGGGCGGAGCAUCUCCUUAAUGACAUAACCCUCACUCUGCUCAUGCAGCUGUUUGGACUCAUAAGAACGGCCGUACUGGGUCAGACCAAAGGUCCAUCUAGCCCAGUAUCCUGUCUACCGACAGUGGCCAA